GCGGCGUGCGGAACAAGUCGCGAGCCAAACUCCGCCUCCGUCCACACAUCAUCUCUUCCUCGCGGGCAGCAGAAACCUCUGAAGGCGGGCGGCGAGGACGCGUUCACCACGAGCAACAAAAGAAGAAGACCCCGCUCGGAGCAGAACCGCGACUCCAUUCAAAAUGGGGGAAAUAAGAGUUCCGCGGAAUAUGUUUCUCUGGAGUAUGGCCAUUGUUUACAUGUUGGCUUUCUCUUCCCUUUACGUCCAGCUUCCAGGUCUCCACGGCAACGGUGGGGUCUCCCCUGUGCGUCCCGCCGAGCCCCCCGGACUGACCGGCCUCCCGCUGCUGGACCUGAUGCUGGCGUCCCCCCGCACGGUGCUGCUGGACCUGGCCCGGGCCUGGGGCGCCGACCCCCCCCAGGCGCUGGAGCUGGUCUGCCUGACGGGGGCCCUGCUGGCCCUGGGGGCCGCCACCCUGGCCCCGCUCCGAGGCAGCCUGGUCUUCUUGGCCCUCUGGUGCCUGUACUUCUCACUAGGCCAGGUUGGCAGAGGCCUGCUGAGCUCUCCAUGGGACGGCCUCCUGCUGGAGGCGGGCUUCCUGGCCGUGCUGGUGGCUCCCCUCAGCCUGCUGGGACGCCAGGUGUCCUCCGGGCGCCACGACCCCAUGACCUUCUGGCUGACGCGCUGGCUGCUCUUCCGUCUCACCUUCGGCUCCGGCGUGGCCAAGCUGGCCGGGCACAGCGCCCCCUGGUGGAACCUCAGUGCGGUGAGCCACAUGCUGGAGAGCCAGGCCAGCCCCACUGCCCUGGCCUGGUGGGCCGCCCAGCUGCCGUCCUGGGUACUGCGGCUGGGCACCGUGGGGGUCCUCGUGUCCCAGGUCUUGGUGCCCCUGCUCUACUUCGCCCCGAUCCGCUGCCUGCGCAUCACGGCCUUCUACGUCCAGUUGGUGCACCAGCUCCUGUCCGCGCUCACAGGCAACCUGACGGUGCUGAACCUGCUGACGGUGGCGCUGGGCUUCUCUCUGCUGGACACGGAGCACACCAUGAGCAAGAAGAAGAGAGCAGCCAAGACCUGGGGCCAGACGCUGGUCUGGGUGCUGACCCUCCUGGUAGAGCUGGGGGUCUACGUCCUGAUCAUCUACAGCGCCACACGCCUCUUCCAGAUCGACGUGGACUGGGAGGCCAGGACCGUCUCCUCUAAAACAGCCUUCACCCAGCAGCAGUUUGGGGACGUGCUUCGGACCACCAUGGGCUCGACCGUCUGGAUCGCAGUGCUCUCCCUCACCUGGGAGGUGGUGGGGGCGCUGCUGAGCUCGCUCUGUGUGAGAGGAUUCUUCUGGAAGCUCUGGGCCCUCGUCCAAUGGGCGGUCUUCGCCGCAGCCACAGUAGCGAUGUUUGCCGUCAGUGUGGUCCCGUACACCUCCAUGGAGCCCUGGUCCAGCAGCAAGGUGCUCCCGGUGGUGAAGAGGGCCCACGAGUGGGUGAAGCCCUACCAGCUGGUGAGCAGCUACGCCCUGGACCGCCAGCUGGCCGCGGGCCGCGGGAGGCCGGAGCUGGUCCUGGAGGGCAGCAUGGACCAGCACACCUGGACGGAGAUCCAUUGGAUGUACAAGCCAGGCAACGUGAGCGCGCCGCCCCCACUGGUGGCCCCCUACGAGGCCCGUCUGGACUGGCAGAUGUGGAGGGCUGCUCAGGGACAGGCUCAGGAAAGCCCCUGGUUCUGCGGCCUAGUGCUGGGCCUUCUGCAGGGCAACAAGAACGUGGAGAGGCUGCUCCAGACUGACCCGUCCCAGUACGCGUUCAGCGAGGAGCCUCCAGCCUACCUCAGAGCGACACUCUACCAUUACCAGUUCACCCAGCAGGACCCCGACGGUUCUGGUCCCAAACAGUGGUGGCGGAGAGACUUUGUGAAGGACUUCUGUCCCAUAGUGUAUUUGGGCGACCCGGAUCUGCAGGCUAUGCUGAGUCUGCAUGGACUGGAUGAGGAGUCGCCCCCGUCCGGCCCGUCACACUCCCCGCUGGCCCGGCUCCUGGCCCUCCUCAGGGGCCCACGCUGGAGAAGCUGCCCGGGCCCCCACGUGCAGUGGGUCUCCUUGCCACCGUGGCCACCAUCUGCGUCCUCAAGUGCCUGCCUGUCGAGGGCCCCGGCGGUCGCGGCCUGCGCAGGCCCCCCCGCGGAACCCAAGGUCCCAAGAAGGCCAGACUCCGGCGGCCCCCGCGUCGAAGCCCCCGCGGGCCCCCGCGGACGGCGGCGGCCCGGCCCCGGCCUGGGGAGAGGAGGCCGUAGGUGGGAGCGGAGCCCCAGGAGGAGGAAGUGA